AUGUCUACUCUUUUUCCAGAUCUCAAGUUCGACGUCGCAGCGCCGCCCGGUUGGGCAUACGCAGCCGGCGACACCAUCAUCGGCAAUAUAGUCCGCUACACACCGGUCGUCACACCCGAAGCCACACUAAAGCUGGUGCUGACAGGCCGCACCAUGGUCAAGAUCACCGAGUCCAACGGUGACAGCAACAUCACCUAUAGCGAUCAAUACGAGCUUCUGAGUCACACUCCGGACAUUAUCUUCCGCGGGCCGCUGCAUCUCCCUGAAGAUAGUCAAGAGCCGGUCAGCUGGCCGUUUGCCGUGAAGAUCCCAGAUGAGCCCUCUGCAUCGUGCAGAAAGUACCAUAUCCAGCCUGCGAGCUUUCUGCCGUUGAAUGAAGACCAUCCUGCGCACCAUGUGUUUCCGGGGUCGUUCUCCUCGUCGAGCGGGUUGAUUGGUAGUACCUCCAACUGCAGAGUCGAGUAUACGCUCAAGGCGACGCUGCGAUAUAAAUUCGGGAGCUGGAAAGAGCAUGAAGCCACUUUUCAUAUUAAGAUGCGGCACACGGUGGUGCAUACUGGUCAACUCCGCGAGGCGAAGACAAUGGAAAGUAUGCGAAUGGUGCAGACUCAGCGGUUGCUGCCGGGGAUGGAAAACGCACAUCUAUCAUUCAGUGAAAAGGCGUUGAAAUUCUUCGGCUCGUCCAAAGUCCCUCAGUUUGUGUAUAAGGUCAACCUCACCGUCCCUUUGGUGAUGCAAUUGGACAAUCCAGAGCCUCUUCAGAUUGUCUUGAAGAUCGAUCCACUGCCGCACCGAACCAGCGACAACAUCAAAGACCAUACGCAGCAGAUCCGAGUAAACUGGAUCAAGCUAUCCAUUCAGAACUACACCGCCGUCCGCGCACCAGGCAAUUUUACACACAGCUGCCACAGCCACAGCUAUGGAUUUUCGACAGACGUGGGUCUGGAAAGUGUGUUUCGCAAGUUGGAGUCUCCGCUGGUGAUUUCAACAGGAAAGGGCAACGAGCCGGUUCAUAUCGGGAAUAUGUUCCAGCUUGCUCUCAGCUCGGGUGGUUUGACGGCUGGGAAACGACGCCUUACUCCUAUUCCUCAGAUACAGCCUAGUUUCACUACGUAUAACAUCAAACACAGUCACCAACAGAAGUGGAAGGUCUCUGUUACUGUUGCCGGAGAAGAGCAGACGCACGAGUUUCUCGCGCUGUUGAAUGUUGUCGCGUCUUGA